GUUCACUUUUGUAACUCUGUUAACUAAAGGUAAUAAUUAAUACAGUGCUGUGAGGCGAGACAUACAGUAAUUGAACAUCUUGGCAUACUUUUCACGAUGGUGGACCUUGUUGUGCACGUCUGGUGAUGGUCUCUUGCUCUUUUCUUUUUGGAACCGUAAAGGAGGUACAGAUGAAUUUAAUCUAAAAAGCAUAAAAAGAGAGCUGAAUCGAUAUGGAAACGCUUAACACAAGCGGGCCAACCAAUGACAGCCAUCAGUAUCACUGUGUUUACAAUGAGAACUUUAAAUACAUACUUCUUCCAGUGAGUUACUCUCUGGUGUUUGUGGUGGGUCUGGGGCUAAACAUCACCGCCAUGUAUUUCAUCCUGUUUCGAACCAAACGCUGGAAGCCCACCACCAUCUACAUGAUCAACCUCACAGUUUGUGACACUCUUUACAUCCUCACUCUCCCUUUCCUCAUUUUUUACUACGCCGAUGGGAAUACCUGGCCGUUCGGUGAGCUCAUGUGUAAACUCAUUCGUUUUCUCUUCUACACAAACCUCUAUGGAAGCAUCCUCUUCCUCAGCUGCAUCAGUAUGCACAGGUUUUUGGGCGUGUGCCACCCGGUGCGCUCUUUGUCAUGGAUGAGCGCUCGCCGAGCACGUUUGGUCUCUGUGUGCAUGUGGGUGACCGUGCUCAUCUUCCAGUCACCGAUCCUCUAUUUCUCCAGGUUGACAGCUGGUAAAAGUGGUAAAAUAAAUGUGUGUCAUGACACCACCAGCAAGGCACUCUUCAAUAACUUUCUGGUUUACACCUCGGCGGUAAUGGUUUUGCUUUUCGUCCUACCGUUUGGGGUGGUGCUGGUCUGUAACGGUCUAAUGGUGAGGAAGCUUCAACAGCCUGGAGUGGGUGGAGGACCGUCGUCAGAGCUUUCCAGGCAGAAGUCUGUGAAGAUGAUCAUUAUCGUCCUUCUCGCCUUCAUGUUAUGUUUCCUGCCAUUCCACUUGAAUCGUAGUAUUUAUUACGGAUUUCGCUACCUGGACACGCAGGUGCCCUGCAAGAUGCAUCAGCAUGCCAAUAUAGCUUACAAGGUCACGCGACCUUUGGCCAGUGCCAACAGCUGCGUUGACCCAAUCCUUUAUUUUAUGGCAGGACAAGGUUUUAGGAACAGCAUCAGUAAGAAGUCAGUAUCAAACCAAAGGUCUGUAUAUGUCAAAUCUCCCUCAACCACACUAUGUUGAACUUGUGCAUGAACACUGAUGAUCUAAGACUGGAAGAAGUAACAUUGUCUGUCUUAACAAGCCUCUGGUAAAGAAAAAAAUCUGACAGGAAAAAAUCAAACAGAUUGACAAUUGAGACACUGCUUGUUUGGAUCAUCUGACUUCACGUGGAACUUCUGUUGACAAUUUUUAAUUGUAAAUUAGAUAUAUUUCUGUUUGGUUGCACUUUAUGAUAUAGGAAAACAUUUUUUUUGCAUCAAAUGGUAAAUGAAAUAUUACUCACGAAACUAGUCCCAAAUUGCAUGGGUAUAUUUGUAGCAAUACAUUGUAUGGGUUAAAAUUAUUUUUCUUUUAUGCCAAAAAUCAUAAGGAUGUUAUAUAAAGAUCAUGUACCAUGAAGAUAUUUGUAGAUUUCCUAUUAUACAUAUAUCAAAACUGUAUUUUUGUGAAUGGAUGCAGUGAUACGGACUUCAUUUAAACAACUUUUGUUUUCUCAAUAUUUCAAUUUUUGCUCCCUAAGACAUUCAAAUAGUUGUAUCUCAACAAAUAUUGUACUAUCCUAACAAAUAUUUUCCAUCCAAGAUGGUGUCAGGCCCCCCAUGACGCAUGCAGACACACGCACACAUAUCUUUAAUACUACUGUAAACAUAUUCGUAUUCUGUGAGUUGUUGUUGUUUUGAAAAAAAAAUAUUAGGAUUGUUAAAAUAAUAAAAGCAAAAGCAAUGAUAAACUGAUUUUACUUCUGAGUUAACAUAAAAAACAGUAAUCAUGAAGUUUUGUAUGACAUCUUGAAUAUGUAGGUUCAUCUCAUUUUUUUAAAAUCAAUAAGUUUUUACAGCAAUAUUUUUGUAAAGGUCGGGUUGCAAACAUCUUAAGAGGUGAGGGUGUGUUUUCUCAUAAGUUUGCUUAACAAUAAGUAACAAUACAUUGUCUUGUUGCAGGUUUUAUUUGAAAAAAAAAACAGUAGAAACCAUUACAGACAUAUAGAUUUAAUGGUUAUAAUGGGAAUUUUAUUGGUUUUAUGGAAACUGUAUAAUCUCUGUUGGUCUCUACCGGUUAUGUGUUGGG